UUAAAAAUUAUUUAUUGCUUUAAAUACAAGAAAAGGGUGAAUUCUGACAAAUUUUUUAAUUUAAACAGUUUAACGAUCUGGCAGCCCUGCCAUUGAACAUCUGAUGAAAACACAAGAAAAGGAGGGAAAGUAAACAAUUUAUCUUAAUUCAGUUUUACAUUAAUUAAACUCUAAGAAAACCCAAAUAUGGGUGGCGGGGACUUGAACCUAAAGAAAUCAUGGCAUCCGCACACGAUGAAAAACCAGGAGCGUGUCUGGAAAGCCGAGGAGCAGGCGAAGAUGGAGGAGCGAAAACUGCAGGAUCUGCGAAAGGAGAUUAACGAGGAGAGGGAUAGAGAGGAGUUGCGCAGGUUGGGAGAAAGCUCCGGGGUGUUGUCCAGCAGCGGAGGACCCGGCGGCGAAGCCAAACUCGAGUGGAUGUACAAAAACAGCACCGAGCUAAUCAAUCGCGAAGAGUACCUUCUGGGCCGCAAGAUCGACAAGUCCUUCGAGACGCUACAGGCCGAAGAGCGUAGCCAGGAGCAAAAUACGGUCGGAGUCAAGCAGUCCAUUAACCAUGUAGAGCACGACUGCGUGCCCUUUUCCAUUCGGGAAUAUCGGAACCUGCAAUCCACCGAACAGGUGGAUAUGCAACGCAAGACUCUCGAGGAUCCCCUGAUGCUGAUUAAGCAGCGUGAGAUGGAGUCUCGAAGAAAACUCCUUGAGAAUCCCGUGAAACUAAAAGAAAUCCACCGCAUCCUCAAGACCGAGCAAGAAAUGAAGGCCGCCAAGGAAAAGAAGUCAAAGAAGAGCAAGAAGUCCAAGAAAAUGAAGAAAAGGAACAGAAAGUCCAGCGAUGAAGACAGCAGCAGCAGUAGUGCAAACAGUGACAGCGACGACGACUUGGACAGAAAACUGGCCCGCCAAGUUAGCAAGCUUAAAGGCGACUCCGGCAAUGGUGACUUAAAGUUGGACAAGCUGCUGGAUGCCAAGUACCGAACAAUAUCUAAGCAACUGGACAUGGCCACCAAGAAGAAAAAGAGCAAAAAGUCCAAGAGGAGAAGCAGCGAUAGCAGUGAUGAAGACGAGAGGCCCAGACGACAACGUUCCAGGGAGUUGGACCAAAGGCAAAGGAAAAGAAAUGAGAUCUCUAGACGAAGGAGCAGAAGCCCAGAUGACAGAAAACAGAGGGAGAGGCGCAGGAGCAGAAGUCCUCAAGUCAGAAAGGAGACCUCUAAGCAGCGACGAAAGAGCAGUAGUCCAGAACAGAGAAACGAGAGCUCCAGGCAAAGGAGGAGAAACCACAGUCCAGAGGAAAGAAAGGACAGGCGGAGAAGCAGGAGUCCAGCAGGACGGAAAAAUAGACAACGUAGUUCAGAGGAUAGAAAGGAAAGCCACAAAAUGAGAGAGAAACGCAGGAGUAGAAGCCCCGAGGAACGAUCCCGAACAAAACGCAGCAGAAGUCGAAGUCCCAAACGCGAGCCACAGUCCACACAAAGAAGUGAAAGGGAUCGACGAGAGCGCAGUCCUCCUGCCCGACCCGUUGGCAAACCCAAACUUAGCGAAGCCGAUCGAGAAGCUCGUCUGCGCGAGAUGAUGGACAAUGCCACCUGGCGGGAGGCGGAUCGCACCCAGGUUGUUCGCAAACACCGGGAGGCCUAUGCCCUAGAGGAGGCCCAAAACAGGGAACGUGACUUCGAUAAGGAGUUCAUCAACAAGGAGGUGAAGAAGGCCAUUGCCAACCAGAACUCCAUCGGCGAUCGCAUCCGAGCCAAUCGAAACAACAUCCAGCGCACCGCUUCCUCUAUGGACACCAACUUUGCACGAAAAUAAACUAAACUUCCUUUAUUUCGUAUGCAUAUAUGGAUGUAUGUAUGGCUCCACAACAACAAAUAGAUUCAACUUUAACUUUU